AUGAUACCCAUUUCACUCGCCUAUCUUCUCGCACUCCCAGCUCUUACGCUGGCUGCUCGCCCAAAGGAUGCCAUUAAGCUAUCCGAUGUGAAAUCUCUCACUCUCCGUGGCAAUGGCGCUAUGACGAACCAUCGCCGCGUUGGCGCCAUUCCCCAGCUGCGCUGCGUCUCCAAGAAGGCCCUUUGUGAAAUCUACGACAUGGACGUGAUGCGCUGCACCAACGACGGCGCAGGUUGGGGCGACGAGGAUGUCCAAUGGAGCUGCACUGCAUCACUUCCCGAGGAGCUCAAGCUCACCACCACAGAUGUUAUCUGCGAAGGUUACAAUUCUCCUGAUGAUCCUUAUGUCCUCAAGGGUAGCUGCGGUGUCGAGUACCGGGUUGCCUUGACGAGAAAGGGCGAGCGUCGUUACCCCAACAUCGCCAACGGAGGCUGGUUCAGUGAUGGUCGCGGCGGCACAGACUGGGGAGCCUUGCUCUUCACCAUCAUUUUCGUUGGUGUACUCGGUUGGAUUAUCUACUCGGCAUGCUACAGAGCACAGGAAGCUGGCACUAACCCCAACCGACCUCGACGUCGUGGCGACGGCUGGUCUUCUGGCGGAUGGGGUCCUGGUUGGGGUCCCGGAGGCGACGAUCCUCCCCCUCCAUACCCCGGAACCAAGCCCUCAUCUCAGUCUAGCAACUCCUGGAGGCCUGGUUUCUGGAGCGGUGCAGCAGGAGGAGCCGCCGCGGGAUAUCUGGCUGGCAACCGCAACCAAAAUCGGUACAAUAAUCACAACGAUGGCUAUGGCAGUUUCGGACGAGGAGGGUCAGGAAUGGGUGGAGGAUGGGGUGGUCGCUCAGGAUCCUCAUCCAACGAGUCUAACCGUCACGAGAGCACUGGGUUUGGUUCAACCAGCCGAAGAUAG